UAUUAAAGAAAAUAAAAACUCAGCUUUCAAAAGUGAAAGUUGAGAAAGAUCGGUGCACCAUAAAUGAUAAAUCUGGUACUCAGAUGCCUUCUUAAUUUCUGUCCCUCUAUCUCUCUCUCUCUCUCUAACAAGGCUCCAAAGCUAUAGUCUCUGCAACGUUUUUGGUUCUUCAUUGGAGUCGUCAUAUGCGUAUAUAGACAUCAGCGAAUACAGUCGUCAUAUAUACAUACAUAAACUAUGGGCUUCCGUUGAGGAAAAGAUCAUCUCGGAACAGCAAAUUUUCUGGGUCUCUUUAUAACAAAUUCUUGUUUUUUUCGCGUGAAUUGUGUCUUUGAAGUCCAAGGACUUUCUCAUCAUUUUCUUGGGUUUUCUUUCUUUUCUCACUCAUAGAUUGCGCCAAAUCUGGGAGGAGUUUCUUGGGAUUUCAAAAUUUCCCCCGUCAUUUUCCCGGAAAAUAUUUGAUCUUCAACAGUUUUUUGGCCUUUGUGGGUUUUGAUUAACUUCGAAUCAUAGACUGUUUCUUGUGGUGGGUUUUGAGUUUUCUUCAAGUUAGAUUUUUAUUUGUAGUUUUUGGGUUUUUUAAGUGUUUGACGAGAAAAUCUUGCCGGAGAAAGAAUUUGCGGGUGACUUAAAAAGGGUUUGGAUUGUCAAAGUUUUCGUUGUCUGCCAAUAUUUUAGAGAGAGAUUGAUGUCUCAUUUCCACAAAUUGGCUGUCUAAGCGUCAAGAAUAGAAUUCGUGUAAACCGGUUUGCAUUCUCUCUCUCUCUCUCUCUCUAACUCAAGGGAAAGGAAAUCCCGUUAAUUUCUCUCUUCCUCUCCCAUCUUUUUUCUCUCUCUAGCCUCUCUGUUUUCAUCUGUUCUCUGUGUUUCCUCUGUUUACAGGGUUUGGAGAGAGAAUCACUGAAAUCUCUCUCUCUCUCUGCCUCUCCCUAUUGUUCUCUCUCUGGAGCAAUGAUUUUUGACAAAGGAUCAAUGCAAUCAAACCUGGAGUGCUUUCUCGAUUGCAUAACACCUGUGGUCCCAUCCCAAUUUAUUCCCAAGAGCGAGACUAGAAACCUUAAUAGGCUAUGGCAUCCUUGGGAGAGAGAAAAAGUUGAAUACUUUAGAUUGGGUGAUCUUUGGAAUUGUUUUGAUGAAUGGAGUGCUUAUGGGACGGGAGUUCCGAUCAAUUUGGACGGCGGUGAAACCCUGGUUCAGUACUAUGUGCCUUAUCUCUCUGCAAUUCAAAUCUUUACUAGCAAUUCCUCAUUGAAUUGCUUGAGGGAAGAGACUGAGUCGGUGUAUGAGACGAGGGACUCUUUUAGUGAUUGGUACAGCGAUGAGAGCGAGAGCGAAAAGCUAUCGGGAUGGGAUGGGUGUUCAUCUGAGGAAGGAGUGUUUGAGCAAGAAAGCCUCAGGCAUCUGAAUGAUAGAUUGGGCUACCUAUACUUUCAGUACUUUGAGAGAACAACUCCUUACGGAAGAGUUCCUCUCAUGGAUAAGAUCAGUGGAUUAUCUAGAAGAUACCCUGGAUUAAUGUCAUUAAGAAGUGUGGAUCUUUCACCCGCUAGUUGGAUGGCAGUUGCUUGGUAUCCAAUUUAUCACAUCCCCAUGGGAAGAACCAUAAAGGGGUUAUCUACUUGCUUCCUCACAUACCACACUCUUUCAUCAUCUUUUCAAGAUAUGGAACUCGAAAAUGAGAUGGGGAGUGCUGAAAAGGAGCGAAAAAAAGUGGAAGGCAUUUCUCUACCGCCAUUUGGUUUGGCCACUUAUAAGAUGCAAGGAAACGUGUGGAUCUCGGACAAGAGUGGUCGGGACCAAGAGAGGCUGGUGUCACUAUUGAGUGUGGCAGAUUCCUGGCUAAAGCAGUUGAGGGUCCAACAUCAUGACUUCAACUACUUCACUGGGAUUCGGCGUGGCUGAACUCCACUAACCUCACAAUUUGAUGAAUUCCCCAAAAUAGAUGACUGUUAGCAUCCCUUUUUUGGCCUUUGGUUAUUGUGUUCUUGCUUGGAGAUUUGAAGGACCUGUGUUAGAGUGAGCGGAUUGUAGUUGAUCUUCAAUGGUGAGGUGUUUUCUGGACCAGGCUGUAGAGACCCUUUGAUGUCAAGGCUUACUUUAGUAAAGUGGACUCUUUUUUCCUUUGGAGUUUUUGCUACCCUUUUUAGUGGAGAGAGGGGACAUGUCUAUGAGGUCAAAAAUAGGUGGAGAGAGAGAGAGAGAGAGA